AUCAUCUCUCAGAUGAUUUCAACAAGACCGUUCGGAGCUCCGGUCUUCAAUUCAAUUCCUCCGUCUUCCUCCUCGUCCCGUCCAGGAGGCUAAGAAAUCAUGGAAAAGGAACUUGUUGAGCUGUACGAGGUGGUGAGAAAGGCAGCUGAGGCGGCUUCCGUUGAAGGAGAUGAUGCAGAGGAAGCAAGGUGCCUUGAUGCUAUGAAGCAGCUGAAAAAGUUCCCUGUAAAUUACAAUGUCCUUGUCUCCUCUCAGGUUGGGAAAAGCCUUAGGAAGCUAACGAAACACCCAAGGGAGAAGAUCAAGGCUUUGGCUUCUGAUAUAGUCGAGAUAUGGAAGCAAAUAAUCGUAAGAGAAACCAUGAAAAACAAGAAUUCUGAAAAUCCUGCAAACCAGAAGCCAGAAAAACCAGAAACCAUGAAAAACAAGAAUUCCGAAAAACCUGCGAACCAGAAACCAGAAAAGCCACCCAUUACAGCAAAGCCAGAAAAUGUGAAAAACAAGAACCCCGAAAAUCUCGAGGAUCCCGAUAAGAGAAGCCAUAAAGUUCCAAAAACUCUACCCUCUGUGAAGCCCGAGAGGUCAAAUCCGUCAUUCUCCAAAAAACCAGAAAAUCCCGCCCCGCCAAAACUCUCCGGCCUCAUUUACACCAAAGAUGCCGACAGGGACCAGCUGCGGGAAGCCAUAGCAAAUGCACUAUGCAAAGUCUCCGACGAGUCGGAAGGCAACGAUGACAUCAUCGCCAAAGUCAACGCAUGCGACCCCUACAGAGUCGCCGUACAGGUGGAGACUGCCCUGUUCGAGAAGUGGGGCAGCGCGAAAGGCUCCAACAAAAUGAGGUACCGCUCCGUGAAGUUCAACCUCACGGACAGCAAAAACCCCGACUUCCGGCGUAGGGUGCUCCUCGGGGAGUUCCCGCCGCAUUCGAUUCCGGAACUGACCCCGGAGGACAUGGCGAGCGACGAGAGGAAGAUGCAGAACGAGAAGAUAAAGGAGAAGGCACUGUUCAACAGCCAGAGGGGCGGGCCCUCCGUGGCGAGCACCAAUGCCUUCAAGUGCGGCAAGUGCGGGAAGAGAGAGUGCACCUACUUCCAGUUGCAGACGCGGAGCGCCGAUGAGCCGAUGACCACUUUCGUCACCUGUGCCAACUGUGACAAUAGAUGGAAGUUUUAGAAGAAGAAGAAGAAGAGUUUGUGUUGUCACUUGUGUGGCCAAAUUCUUUAUAUCUUUGUGUUGGUUGGCAUUGUAAGCUCUCUCUCUCUCUCUCUCUCUCUCUCUUUCUCCUUCAGUUAGGUACUAUCAAUCAUUUCUUGACUAUUUGCUAGCUUUUGUUUUUAAAAUCCUUCAUUUUAUUGCUGAAGGUUCUUCUUUGUUGUAUGGUUUGACAUUCUUUUUCAAUAAUCUGUAGUAUUUGUAGUUGGGAGACCUUUGGGUCUUUAGUUUGUAACUUAUAUGAUGGUUCUUUUUUUAAACCUU